UAUUAGGUAAAUUUUAGGAGCCGCGAUAUUUUAAACAGCCCGAGCGAUUGUCAUUGCUAUCUUCUUUAGCAGCUUCCUCUCUCAAAAAAUUUUCCAAAUCAAUCAAUGAAAUGGAAGCUCUACAAUCUUCAUUCCUUUAUUCAACUCCAUUAAAAUCCCCUUCCCCCAAACCCCACAAUAAACCCAAACCCACCAUAUUCUCCUGCUCCAUCACACCCGACCCAUGGACACUAAGCGACCCAAACAACAACAAAAACCUAAACAAACCAAAACCCAAAUCAAAGCAUCCCAAAAAUCAACUUUCAGACGACAACGCUCGUCGCAUUAUCAAAGCCAAAGCCAAAUAUUUAAGCACCUUAAGGCGUAACCAAGGGUCACAAGCUUUGACGCCCAAAUGGAUUAAACGGACGCCUGAACAAAUGGUGCAGUAUUUGGAAGACGAUAGAAAUGGGCAUUUGUAUGGGAAGCAUGUUGUUGCGGCUAUUAAGAGAGUUAGGAGUCUUUCCGGUAAAGCUGAUGGGUCUUAUGAUAUGAGGGAAGUGAUGGGUUCUUUUGUUACCAAGCUUAGUUUUAGAGAAAUGUGUGUUGUGCUUAAAGAACAAAAGGGUUGGCGACAAGUUAGGGAUUUCUUCGCUUGGAUGAAAUUACAGUUAACCUACCGGCCAAGUGUCAUUGUCUAUACAAUUGUUCUCCGUGCAUAUGGCCAAGUUGGGAAAAUCAAGCUAGCUGAGCAGACCUUUUUAGAAAUGCUUGAAGUGGGGUGUGAACCUGAUGAAGUUUCUUGUGGUACCAUGUUGUGUGCUUAUGCUCGGUGGGGACGUCACAAAGCUAUGAUCUCCUUCUUUUCUGCUGUUCAGGAAAGGGGAAUUACACUUUCAACCGCAGUUUUUAAUUUCAUGCUGUCAUCUUUACAGAAAAGAUCACUUCAUGAAAAUGUUAUAAAUAUAUGGAAACAGAUGACUGAGAAAGGGGUUGAGCCGAAUCAUUUUACUUUUACAGUUGUUAUCAGCUCACUUGUCAAAGAAGGUCGUGCCGAAGUCGCUUUUAAGACUUUUAAUCAGAUGAAGAGUUUAAGGUUCAUCCCGGAGGAGGCAACUUAUAGCCUUCUCAUCAGUCUGAUUUCAAAGAGUGGUGACUAUGAUGAUGCUUUCAGGCUUUACGAAGAUAUGAGAUCACAUGGGAUAAUCCCGAGCAACUUUACAUGUGCUUCACUUUUGACAAUGUAUUACAGAAAAGAGGAUUAUCCCAAAGCACUUGCUCUCUUUGAGGAGAUGGAAAGGUAUGACAUCAAAAUAGAUGAAGUCAUAUAUGGCUUGCUUAUCAGAAUAUAUGGCAAGCUUGGUCUCUAUGAAGAUGCUCAAAAGACUUUUGAAGACGUUAAGAAGUUGGGUGUGAUAAGUAACGAGAAAACCUAUACAACAAUGGCUCAAGUCCAUCUAAAUGCUGGAAAUAUUGAGGAAGCACUGAAUAUAAUGGAUGAAAUGAAGUCAAAAAACAUCUCAUUUUCAAAUUUCUGUUAUGGUAUCUUAUUGAGGUGCCAUAUUGCGAAGGAAGACUUGGCAUCUGCUGAAGCUGUGUUUCAGGCUCUCUCUAAGAUGCAAAUUCCUGAGUGUGGUUUUUGCAAAGACAUGCUCAAUUUGUACAUGAGACUCGGUUUAACUGAGAAAGCAAAAGAUUUUAUUUUCCAGAUAAGGAAAAUUCAAGUCGAAUUUGAUGAGGAACUUCUCAAGACAGUGCUGAAAGUUUUUUGCAUUGAAGGAAUGGUCAGAGCUGCAGUGCAGUUGAUACAAGAGUUCAGUGCCAGCAAAACAUUUGAAGAAUCUGUAUUUGCAGAGACUUUUUCUUUAGCUAUUCACGGAAAUGAUAGAUUUAAUGCAACCGAAAUUGCUUCCAAUCCUUUGAACCAACCAGGUGCUAUUGCUUUUGAGCUUGCCCUUAUCCUCUUUAUAGCAGAUGGAAAUACACUGAAGGCAGAAGAAACACUAAAACUGUUGCUUAAAACUGCAAAUGGCCUGUCUGUUGCUAGUCAGCUUAUCAGAAAAUUCACCAAAGAAGGUGACAUUUCAAAGGCGGAAAACCUUUAUAAACUGUUAAUGAAACUGGGUAGAAAACCAGAGGAUGUUGCUAGUGCAUCCUUGAUCCAUUUUUAUGGGAAGCAGAAGAAUUUGAGAAAAGCUCUAAAUGUCUUUGCAUCUGUUGCGGACUCUUCCAGGACGCGAAGUCUUUUAUACAAUUCUAUAGUUGAUUCAUAUAAUAGAUGUGACAAACAAGAGGAAGCUUACAUAUUUUACAAGGAAGAGAUGGAGAAAGGGCAUGUUUUGGGUCCAGUUGCUAUUAGCAUGCUAGUGAAUGGUUUAAGUAAUUGUGGGAGAUAUACUGAAGCGGAGGACAUUAUUCACAAUUCUCUGCGUGCUAAUUCAGAGCUUGAUACUGUGGCUUAUAAUACAUUUAUCAAGGCAAUGCUAGAUGCAGGUAAAUUACAAUUCGCAACCAGAGUUUAUGAGCACAUGCUCUCCUCGGGUGUUGCUCCAUCAAUUCAAACAUACAACACCAUGAUUAGUGUAUAUGGACGAGGAAGAAACCUGGAUAAAGCUGUGAAGACUUUUGAUAUGGUUCAGAAGAUGGGGAUUUCCUUGGAUGAAAAGGCUUAUACCAACUUGAUAUGUUAUUACGGAAAGGCUGGGAAAUAUGAUGAAGCGUCUAUUCUAUUUGUCAAAAUGAAGGAAGCUGGGAUAAAACCUGGUCAGGUGAGCUGCAAUGUUAUGAUCAAUAUAUAUGCUGCUGCCGGACUUUAUCAAGAAGCUGAAGUCCUCAUGCACAGCAUGCGGAGCAAUGGUUGUAAACCUGACCCCUUGACCUAUCUUGCACUGAUGAGAGCAUAUACAAAGGGAGCAGAGUGCUCAGAGGCGGAAAAAGCCAUCGACUCCAUGCAGAAAGAAGGAAUUCCCCCUUCCUGUGCUCAUUUUAACGUAUUGCUAUCAGGUUAUGCAAAAGGGGGAUUAAUCGGAGAAGUAGAAAGGAUUUAUAAAAAUAUCACGAAUGCUGGACUAGAACCUGAUCUAGAGUCUAAUCGUAUUAUGCUUCGAUGUUACAUGGACUAUGGUCAUGUAGAGGAAGGCAUCUCCUUCUCCGAACAAAUCUCCAAGUCCAUAGAACCUGACCGGUUUAUAAUGAGUGCAGCUGUGCAUUUGUACAGGUCCGCGGGUGCAGAACUCAAAGCAGAAGGGGUGUUAGGGUCUAUGAACAGUUUUGGAAUUCCCUUCUUGGAGAAUCUUGAAGUUGGAUCAAGAUUGAAAGCUAACUGAUUCAUCAACACAGACUUGUUCAUGAAUGUCUUGUGGGAUGAGACUGAAUCCCAAAUUACAAUUACAUUGUAUCAAGUAGGCAAUUGUGAAUUGUGCUAGUGUGGUGUGGAAUAAAAGAAAUAUUUUGGGCAAAUUAAUUUGAAAUGUAAAUAUGUAUUGUAUUGUAAACUCAAGAUAUUCCGAAAAAAAGAAUUAAAAAUUAAUUCUAUGAAAAAUGUCAAGAAAAUACACGUAUUUGUGAUUAUACGUAA